UUUUGAAAAAAAAUUAAACUUUUUUUUCUGGUAAUUCAUUAAUGAUCCGUUUGACAGUUGACAAAUAGUAGCUCAAAAAAAUAAAAAUAAAACGAAACGAGCUACUUUUCUUCAGUUGUUUGGCCCUUAUCACAACAACAAGAUAGAAUUCAGAAUUUAUUUUAUCAUUCGAAAAUGCAAUCAAAUGCUACAAUCAUUUAUCCGGCCUGUUUUCUAUUCCGAAAAUGGUCACUAAUCAUAAUAAUAUCAUUAGAUUUGAUGAUAAUAUUCUAUACAACAUUUGCAUUAGUAGGACGAUUACAAAUGUUAGAUUUUAAUUCGAAUGAAAUCAAUAACCAAAAUCAUUAUCCAGAAUUGUAUAAUCAUCAAAUUCUACAUGGUGGUACAAAUUUGAUUCAUAACGAUUCAAAUUUGGAUGAUAAUAAAGAAUGGAUAAAUCAAACAUCAAUGUUAAUGGAAAAGAAAAUGAAAAUGGAAACGGCUACAACAACAACAAAUAAUCCGUUUGAUCUUCUUUCGUCAUUAGCAUUUAAUAAUAUUGAAAUUCCUACGGUAAAAUUAACAACAACAACUAUGGCAACCGAAACUGAUCCAUUUAAAACAUCGAAUGCUGAUGACAAUGAUAAUCAAAUUGAUAAUGAUGUUAAUAAUCGAUACAAUCGAUAUCAUGAUGAUCAUAAUGAAAAAUCAUAUAAUGAUAAUAAUACAAAUUCAUCAAUAUCAUCAUUUGAACAUUCGAUUUGGUUUGAAAUGUUUGAACAUCGUAUCUAUCAACGUCCAAAGAUUGUAGCUCAAGUGAUGACCAAUAUGUUUGCCUAUAUUGUUUGUUUAAUCGGUUUGAUUGGUGUAUUGAGAGAAAAUUAUUUCCUAACAACAAUUUAUGCAUGGUUUGGUUGUUUUUCAUUAACAACAAGUAUUAUUAUAUAUGUUUUAACAUGGUCACCGGAAUUAUUUGGAAAAAUUAUUUCAAAUCUAUUGUUUCUAAUAUUAUUAUUCUUGUAUCUAAAAGAUUUGGCUUAUAUACGUUUACAAAUUACAAACAAUAUUAUAAUUGUUACUUAAAGACAUAAUGGUAGAUUUACCAUUAUUGAAAAUGUCAUAUGAUGAUGAUCGACAGAACAACAACGACAUAAA